AGGGACGAGUUUGCCAUACAGAAGGAGAGAUGGGAAAAAGAUGCCAAUGUGGAGUUUGAGCUGGAGCUAAGGAAGGAGCUUUCGCGCCAGACUGCGGCCCACAGCGACCACCUGCAACAGGUGCUCCGUAUCCAGGAGACCAAGCUUGUGAGGGAGUUUGAGCGCGAGCUCCAUGUGCGCAUGCUCGAUGAACGACAGAGGUUUGAGGGCGAGCUGUCUGGAUGGACCGCGCGGCUGAGAGGCAUCGAGUCAGCAGUCUUAGCUCGUGCUCAGUCAGAGGCAAUAGCAAAGGAGGCCCAAGAUCUGUGGCUGGCCACCGUGGCCCUCAAUGGAUCCAUCUUGUACGGCAAUGAGGGCGGGAAAACCUUGGAGGAACAACUGAAACCCCUCGAGAAAGAUGUUGAGACCAUUUUCAUGGCCGCAAAAAACAACCCCUUUGUCAACAGGGUUCUGGAGAGCAUACCACAGCAAGCGCUAACUCGCGGGGUGUACACGGAGGACAACCUGCGUCAACGCUAUACGAAAAUUUACCGGGUCGCAAAACGUGUUACACUUAUCGAUGAGACUGGAGGGUCUUUGAUGAAAUUCAUGCUGUCUUAUUUUCAGUCUGUUUGCGUCAUACCUUCCGUGUAUGCCAUACAUGAGUCAGACGAGGUGGAUGUUUCAAAGAUGGACGUUUUCCAGUUGUGUGGUCAUGCCAGGUACUGGAUUGAGAAGGGCGAUCUGGAGCAAGAGCUGAAGUUCAUGAAUCAGUUAACUGGGGAAUCCAGACGAGUUGCUGCAGAUUGGAUAGAGGAGACCAGGUUGCUGUUGGAAACCAAGCAAGCUGCACUCGCUUUGAUGGCUUUUGCCUCUUCCUCAGGGCUGGGGACAAUUUUCUAGACAGUUGUUGUUGUUGUUCAAUAUUAUAUAGGUUUUUAUCUAUUUAAUUUCAUAUAUCAGUAUAAUAAUUAUUCAAAAUGAUAUUUAAGCGUUUUCUAUUGUUGUCUGAUAUGAGCAGUUAAAAGUGACAAAUGUAAUUUCAGGCUGUGAGUUUGGAUUAAGCAAGUGGACUAAAGUGUAGUGUUAAACAAGACACAUCCAUUUGCAGUUAAAUAAAUAUUUGUUUGUUUUCAUGUAUGUUUUGUGUUACUAAGAUACCACUUCAUGGAAUUAUUGGCCGGAGCUAAUGGUCUAACAAUAAAUAAUAAAACUUU